UGCGUAAACCACAUUUCACUAUCAUUAUGUCGUCCCAUCGAGUUCUCGAAAUCGUUUAGACAAGAGAGAUAUGAUAUUAAUGGCAGGCUUUUUGGCGGAUAUACUACACAGAAACAGCUGUUGAGUAAUACACUACAAAAUCAAAGAUGGAGGAUCAGUGUCUGUCAGGACUCGGGAAGCGAUCCUGGUUGUUAGUGUAACUUGUGUCUGGUCCCGACGACGUUCCACCAUGUCCGUUCUCAAAACCGAAAAGUUCAAGAUCCUCAUUUUUGCCCUGACAUUACUGUCAUUCGAAAAUUCACACGGGUUACACGUAAGUGGCGACUGGGACACGGAAACCGAAUUCUUCCGAUUCCUGGCCAAGUUCGGCGUACAGAAAACAAACCCUCUCUUGAGGAAGGAGACUCGGGGCUUUAUUUUCGGGAAUAUCACGAAUUCGGUGAAUAACAUCACGAACACUGCCCAUGGCACCCUGGCGUUAUUGCCACGGCAGUUUUUCGUCGAUUAUUACAGGAACAGGACCAAGGCCGAAACUGACCCUGACCUCGCGUGCAAGCUGAUGUUCCAGGCAAUUGAGAAAGAGGCCUUUGACGCCAGGUGUCACAAGUCUGGUGUUCAAGAUUUUUUCCGUCUAGUGCCAUGUCCUAAAGGCAGCCUUUGUCCUGAUGAGGAUAAUGAAGCCAAUGUCAUUACUUACAAUCAGCUGACAUAUGCUAUACAGGAUGUCAAACCAAGAUUCUGGUAUUUGAGUUUAGUGGCAUGCAGUCGGAAUGCUUCAUGUGAGUGGGAGCAUAUGAAACAGCCAUUAACAAUGAGUUAUGAUCUGACUAUAGUCAAUGGGAAACCGAAUGCUGGCAAUCUGAAUCCCUUCGAAUACCAUUUCUCAUUUGACAAACAGGACACUGUUGAAAUUUACCUCGUCUGUGUCGUGUUUUAUGGAUUUGUGUUAGUACCCCUUCAGGUUUAUGCUGCUUGUCGACAGAUCCAUCCUAUUACCCGUCUCUUCACAGCCACUCUCAUUGUUCAGCUAGCAGGCUUGCUGUUUGACACUUUACAUCUCCUUGUAUUUUCUUUCGAUGGAGAAGGGAGCGAGGGAGAAAAUAUUCUUGGAGAUCUCUUCAAUAUUCUUGCACAGUCUUUGUUUAUGAUGUUACUGUUACUGUUAGCCAAAGGUUAUGCAAUCACAAGGAUGAUGUUAUCAAGACGUUUCUUGCUUAUUUCUCUUUGGGGACUGUAUUCAAUACUCAUCCUCACACUCUACUUUUGGAAUAUGAUUGAGGUUGAUGUCAUUGAAGACAUUGAUGAAUAUCAAACUUGGCCUGGCUGGCUAACUCUGGCACUGAGAGUUCUCAUCAUGGUGUGGUUCCUUUUUGAGCUCCGUAACACCAUGACUUACGAACAUAAUGCCAAGAAGUUGAACUUCUUCUUGCAUUUUGGAGCAGCAUCUUUGGUGUGGUUUAUCUACUUACCAGUGGUUGCAUUGAUUGCACUCCAAGUUUCACCAUUAUGGAGAUAUAAAUUGUUGUUAGGUUUUACAUAUUCAGCUGAUUUACUGGCACACUCUUUUAUGACUUACUUAUUGUGGCCAGAGAGAUCAGAACAGUAUCUCCUCCUAGCUUAUGAAGCCGACCUAUCCAGUGAGCUAGACGAGUUUAAUGAAGCUCCUCACAUAUUAAAUCAUUCGGAUUCAGCGUUAUUAGCACCAAUGUUUGACUACAGCUCUGAGCCACUGAAAAUUAAGAUGUGAAAACCAAAGGUCAGUGAUGGUCGUAAUAGUUUGUCAUGCAAAUUUUACUGAUAAUUAUGUUUUUCUCCUCAACCUUCAGCCUGAAGUAAACAUGAAUAUGUAUGUGCAAUAUGUUGAGUUGAAUGUUAUUAGUACAGUAUACCUAAAUAUCCAGUACAUAUAUAUUUCCUUUUUAAAUUAAUGCCGAUAUAGAACACUUUGUAUUUAGAUGGUAUUAUGUCGUUAGCAAUCCCAUUUUCUUCACUAAUGUAGUUAGUGAUUCUUAGCGAUCAUUUAUGUUUGUGACUAAAUUUUGCAACCGAGUUUCCCAAAUAUGUACACUAAAUUUAAAGUCUUAUAAAUCUUUUUAUGACUGUAGAUUGUAUAAUAGCCAUUCUUUCCUAUACUGUACUUAGACUAGGUUCUUUUUACAGUCUUUCAGAGUACAGUGUGUAUUCCUUGAUAUGUGCAUACUGUGUAUGCUGUAUUGGUAUCGAUAAUUCAUGUAAUAAAAAUGAUAGUUGUUUACAUCUCACAUUUUAUGUUGCCGUUUGCAGAGAGGAAAAGUAAAAAUUGGAGAUGGAACCAGUUGCAUUUCAUAAUUAAACUUUCUGGAAUCGAUCUGGAAUCAAAAUUAGUUUUUGCAUGGUGUUGCCAACAUAAGCAGACCCCUAUAACUUGUGCUAGUUUAUUUUCUCUAACACUGUGUUCAUUAACAUGUCCAACCUAGUAUUCUUUAAGUUGUCCAGUCCAUAACCACUGAAUUGUUAUAUAUGUCUGGGAUUAGAUUUUUAGAGGAGAAAUUAGCCUCUUGAUGUACUAUAAGGAAGCAACUAAUAAAUAUAGGAAUAUUUAAUUUUUUCAUAUAUAGUUGAAGUUUUGUUUUUAUUGAGUUUGUUUUAGAGGCUGUAUAAUAAAUAAUAUGAGUUAAGUAACUGGUAUUCAGAUAUUUCCAUUACCACUUCCAGUUAUGUAUAUUUCUGAAAUCCUUUCACAACACUUAAAAUUAAAAAUCUUUCCUGAGUGUCCAACUUUCAGCCAAUUAUAUGUAUACUAACAAAAUCCUUUAAAAAUUCUCACCAGAAUCUCCAAUAUUACCAGUUUAUCAGAUUAUAAAAAUUUUUAUGAAUUAUUUAGGAAGAUGAUUAAGCUGUUCAUUAAUAAUCCACUUAGCAUAAGUGAAUUUUUUAUGGUUAUGAUCCAACCUUUUGAACUUUGUGUUACUCAGUAUAAAUUGAGAAAAUGUAAUGACAAAAGUUGUAUGCUGUCCGAGUUGAGUGCAUUUAGCCUAGAAACUAAGAGGAAAGUCAUUUGUUUUUAGCCAUAGCCCAUUAUUCAGCCUCUUUUGGACUGAGCUAGUGCUGAAUGAUAAAAAAUUCUGAAUCAUUAUAUCACUCAAGCUAUGUUUUGUUUGUCAACUGUAAGUUUAAUCUGUUUUGAUAUGUUAUUUGCAUCAUUUGAAAUAUGGAAAAGUGGAAUGAAGAGGAGAGUAAUGAAAAUAAAUAUAAGAAAAACUAAGCUUACAGUAACCUGAAAGGAAGAAUAGAAAAAAGUAGUUAGGAAAGUGGCUAUGUGGAUGUGAGAGAGGUGUGAAGGAAACUUGGUAUGAAGCAUCUAAUGUAUAGAUAGUGUGAUAAAGAGAUGCUCAGGAUUGCAGUAUAUCAGUGUAACAAGAGUUUACUAUGCUCAAAGUAUACAAGUGUAUAUGGGGAAAAGAGAGAGGAAGACUAGACCUUAGAAGGGGUAAAUAUAUCUUGUUACAAUGAAGACAAACCAGACUGUAAAACAGGCAUUUAAAGGAAGUGCAUACUCUAUACUAUACGUACUGAAAAAUAGCUGGAAGGGAAAGGGAAUUAUAUAUAAAAAUACAGCUGGAGGAAGUGGAAGGAGACUGUUAGGUCACUGGUUCAGAAAAAAUCUCAUUAGUAAACUAAAAAAAUUUAUUAUGCCUUUUUAAGGCCUAUACAGUACACACACACACGAGGUUUUAAAGAUGUGUGACCACAAAAUGCUAAUAACUAUAUCUGGAGUGUGGCGAGAUCAUACUGCAAAUGAAGACAUGAAAAUUGAUAGGGUUUGGACGUGUAAUGAGAAGGGUGAAGAGCAGUAGGACAGCAUAUUAGUAGACAUGAAAGUAGCAGGAUGAAGACUAGUAAGGAAGCGCAAGUAAUUAUGGAAAGACGACACAGAUGAAAACAUAGACAAGAGGGACGUUCAGAGUGUGCACUAAACUGAUGACAAUGGAGAGAGACUCAAAUAAUUGUCUACCCUAUAAAGAAAAAAUUUUUUAAAACCAUAAUAAAUAACAAUGAUUUCACAGUAGUAUAUAUAAUACCAUUGAAGUGUAUAAAUGAAAGAAAGGACAGAAUAUAAAGUAAGAAUAAUGUUAAAAUAAUGAACAUACAUCAGCUGCAUACUAUUUGCAUUAAGAGCAAAACACUCAAAAAAUAUAUUAGGAAGCAUGGAGACCUGGACUCAAGACUGGAAUAGGCUUAGAAAUUUUAUGUUAUCCUUUCCUUUUCCUUUUAGCUGCCAUUGAUUUAGACCAUGAUAAUAUUUACACCAUUUCUUCAGGUUCAAAUUCAACUUAUGAAUAACUUGCUCUAGUCAGUAUUUGUGCAUGAAUUACCUUCAUUCUAGUCAUUUUCAAGUGACUGGAUAUUCCUCUAUUGUACUAUUCCUCUUCAUGCAAACAAGCAACAUGAAACUUAGCAAAUUCAAGAUAAAGCAAGAAACAAUUGUAAGAUGUUAAAUUCUGAAUGAUCCAGUGGCUGAAGUGAGAAGUAACAAAAUGUAGAGUGAUGCAGGAAGGGAAACAGUAGUACCAUACUACAUACAUGUAUUAUAUUUAUACUCUUAAAUAUGUAUCAGAUGGCGUGUUGUGAAAACACAGUAGAUUAUAAGACAAAUUGAAUGGCCAUUUAUCACAAAUACAAUCAAAAUUCAGAGGAAAAAAUGUAAUAUAGGUGAGUUACCAUAAUUACUUUAGUUAAAGAAAAUGACAUGAGGCCAUUAUGAAAUAAUUAAAGAAAAUGAUUCAUCAGAAGUAAUUAUAACAUCCAAAACUUGUUAAUCAUAAGUAAUAAUGAAGUUAUUAAGUUGCAUGUAGUGUAUCCUUUAAGUAGGAUAACAGUGUAUUUGUAUUAGCUAUCAUGGUCUUUCAUUCUUACAAUAAUGCAUAUCUGAUUUAAAGUGAGUUCUUUCACAUCUUGACACGCAACUGUAUUUAAAAAAAAUUUUAUUGACAUUUUGAAGUACAUUGUAACUUUUAGUCUGCAGUACUAUUAUUUUUCCUAAAUCCUAGCAAUUGUUUGGAAUGUGUUCUUAUUUAGGGAACAGUAGACAAUUUAUGUAGGGCGAUUUAUUCCUAAUAUGACUAACGAAACCAAAAUUCCACAUACAAGGAGUACUAGAAGAUGGGUUGCAUGACCCAUAAUACAACUUUUUGAUGGGUUGUACUGUUGUUCAAAACAUUUUUAUGCAAAUAAUGACGGUAAACAUAUUACUGUAUAAUAACUACAAAGUUGAAAGUUUAGCAAUAAAUCUCUAGAAUUAUUGUCAGAAUCUUGAAUGUUUCAGCUUAUCAUCUUUAUGUAGCCUAAGAAUCAGCCAUUUUCUAUGUAAGUUAUAAAGUAUGAGACCAAAAUCUUUGAACCUGCUGUAUGAAAAAGUAUGAGACCAAAAUCUUUGAACCUGCUGUAUGAAAUCUUCAGGCCUGCUCUAUGAAAGUUAAGGCAUCAUGUCAGUGGCUGGGUUAACAAGUUAAUUAUGUACCUGUCUCAAAUUGUGAAGAUAUUAAAAUAAUGUAUUUUCUGCACUACAUACUAUGUUUACUCAAGUAGUAUAAAAAACUAAAUAUUCCAUGUAAAAGUAAAAUCAGAUUUCAACAUGGAAAGGCAAAAAUGAUGAGCCCCACUGUAAGGUGUUAGGAAAUUUUUAAGGGAAAUUUCACAGUGAACCAUCAGUCUUUAAUGGGCUUUUACCAUACCAUACUCCUUAGACUUUCUUAAACAUAGGGUUCUAAUGGACUAGUAAGGGAAAUUAAGAUAUAAUAACUGGGUACAACUACAAAAAUAUUCAACUAGAUCAAAGUAUAUGCUCUUAUUGGCCUUGAAAAGCUAAGUUGUUUUCUGAUCUUUCAGCCAAAUUAUUUAUUUAGCUUUGAAUUUGGUCUUUUUCAGCUAUGUAAGCUAAUUACGUCCAUGCCCUACUGAAACAUUGUUUCAUCAGACACCUGUUUUGGUGUUUUGAUCCGUGUCCACUUGUGUAUGUCAAGUUAUUCUCCUGUUGCUCUACUUUAUAAGCAGGACACAAACAGAGGUAAGACCUCAAGUGUUCCCCUAAUAUAUGUUAUUUAUUUACCUUGUUAUUCACUUUUGAAUGGUGUUUUAAAAUCUGUUACCCUAUUUUCAUGAUCUUUUUUCAUUACCAAAUUAUUGUUUGAUUUUUAUUCUUUCAAAAAUGGUGCACUGCAUAGGAGUGAAAAUUUAAUUUUGUGUUUCAUGAAAUUGUAAAGUUAAGUUUUGAAAAUUUCAAGUACAGCAUUAUUUGAAUAAAUUUAUUUAUUGAAAAGAAUUUAAGGAAGUGGAAGCUAAAGCAUUAAAGUUUGUUGACAAAGAAGUCUAGUACAUAUUCUAUAUCGUUAGAUAAGGGAGAGGCAGUUUAAAGGUGGAAUAUCAGUAAAGUAGUUAAUGGACAUAAGAUAUCCUUACACACAUAUGGAAUGCCACAGCCAAUAAUUUAUUGCCAUGAUUCUCUAUUUGUGGGAUUGCUUUAGAAGCACAUUUGAAUGAAAAGGGUUUAUAACUGUAGAAAUGGGAUUGUUUUGUACAUACAUUUUAUUAUAAACCUGCAAAUGCCAGUUUAUCUGAAUUGAGCUUUUGCUAUUGUUGUCACACCUUAAUCACAUUAGGUGUUCAAUUCUUAGUGGGAAUAGAGCACAUGGAAAGCUUUAAAGUGGUUAUUCUCAGUUGGAGGAACUCAAGCCUCUCAUCUAUUAAUGUAACUUUUUUUUUUUUUUUGCUGGAUUGAACAUAGUAUUGAAAUUUGUAUGGUAAUUUAUUUGUAGUGCAUAUCUUUCUAUUAACAUCUGACAUAAAUGAUGGUUAGCUUUAGUAUUUUUUCAAUGCUAUGUUGCACUUUCUAUAGGAUAUUUCGUGUGAAUUUUAGUCAAAAAGUUAUUUAGAAUUGUAAAAGAUUAUUUAACUAAAUAUGUACUAGUGCUGAUUUUUUACUUGAUCAUUAUAAAAGAUUUAUCAUAAUAUACUUAAGAAUUACACAUUUGUUAAGAGGAUGAGUCCUUUCAACAAACAUGUAUUUUUUUUUUUUUCUUCACCUAGUAGACUUUGAGAAGCCUAGUGCUGAUUUCAUAACAAACAUGUGUAGUGGUGAUUGUUAGAUUUUUAUGAAUUGAAUUAUUUUACGUGAAUACCCGACCAGUGUUUAUCCAGUACAGUACUACUAUAUUUUCUUAGAUUAAAUGCCUUUCUUAAGGUGUUUGUAAUAGGUUUUUAUUUUAAUGUUACUCUUCAUUGCUACAAUAAGAACUGUUCUUAAUCCACCAGAGGAAUGUCUCCAUUCUGCCAGUGCUCUGAACCCAGACUUUUUCAUAUUUAUUUGUUAGGUGGAAAAAAGUGUGCUUGCAGUUAAGGGUUGCAGGUCAGGUUUGUCAAGAAGCUAAAGGUCUAUAACUUUCUUAAUUUGGAAGACAUCACUAUAAAUUUUUUGAAGGAGGUGAUAUUUCCAAUAGUGAAAAAACAGCAACAGUCUGAUAAAACUGUAUGAAUUGUUGCCUCAGGCAUCCCUGAAAGAUUUAACACUUUAGGCAAUAAUAAUUUUUAUCUUUGUGUUGACAAAAAGCAUUAGUGGAUCAAAUAAUUUUUCAUUAGCAGCAAAUCACACUUGAGGUUGGCCAUUGAUCAGCCUUCAUGAGACUACAUCAAACAAAGUAGUACCAAGCAUCUUUAUCCCAAUGAUCUUGUGAAAGGACAUGGAGACCUGGAUGCUGGAGACUUCUCAAGGAAGGAUAUCUAACGAUACCAUUUGUUUUGGAUAGUUUUAUUCCCACAGUUUCUUGAAGUUUGUUGCUCUAAACAUAGCCUGUUAUGACUUUCAUAUUCCAGUUAAUUACAUUUUAGAACAAUGUUGUUCAUGCAUGUAUGAGGAUUAACCAGAGGACUCAUAACUGUCAUACAAGUAAUGAAGUUGUUGCAUAAAUACAAAUUGUACUUUACUGGGUUAAUACUCCUUUUAUUGUCAUUUUCCACUACAGAACUAUACUACUACCAUUUUACCUGGGACAGUGCAUUUAGAAUUGUACCCAGGUAAGACAAGGUACUUCACUAGAUACAAGGGUUGUCAUCUUGAACACUCACCACUUUACAUGUUUUCCAGUAGAACUUGGAAUUUAUUUUAUUGAGCUAGUGUGCAAAUUGUUAUAUGUGAAAUAAAGAUUUAUAUUAAUUGAGCCAAAAUUAUUUGGAAUUUUGUGUACAGUAUUUGAAUUAUAUGAGUUACCUGUGUUCCAGUGAUAUGUAUUUAAAGUUUAUUUUUAUUUGUUUUGCAAUCAGAUUGGUUGUGAUGUGCCAAGAACUUUUGUGAUUUUAUAAAACAGUAUAUUUGAAAUUCAAGGAUGGAUACAUUAUAGUACAGUAUUACGAACAAGACAGUUUUACAUUAUCUUUUAGUAUAUUGUAACUUGAAAAUAACUGUGGGCUUAGCUUUCAGUUUAUGUAAAACAGGUUCCUGUAAAGUGAAUCUUGUAAGCAAUACUUUAGUACACCAGUGAGGUAAAACUGUCAUAAUUUUUAUAACAGUAAUUGGUGGUUGUGUUGUAUAACAAGGGCCUGUGAUUGAAAGGUCACGAAAUCAAAUUUUUCAAAGAAAGGCCAGAAUUUUUCCAUGUUCCUUGCUAGUUGCCAAGAUUAAGAAUUUUUAUUAUUUGACAUUUUUUAAAUAUAUUAUCCUCUCAUGUUAUAGUCAAUAUUGGUAAAACACUGUGGUUGGAGCUGCUGGAAACAGAAGGUUGUGAACCUCAUAUUGUGAAAGUGCAUGAAAUUUUGUACGUAUAACAAAGUUGACAUUGUGCAUCUUUUUUUUCUUUCUUUUACAUGCUUUUUUAUUUUUAGAAUUGCAAGUUUCAGGAAACAUGAGAUAUGUAAAUGCCCUGUGCUUUAUUGUAAUUUGUCAAGUGUGAAAGAGUAGAUAAAAUCUUAGUAGUUAUGCGAGUUACUGCACUGUCAUCUUCACUUGCAAAAUCUUAGAUUUGUGAUGAUGAAUGGUUUACUCUAUGGAGCUGCCAUAAAUUUAUGUUGAAAUUAGCAUCGGUUUUUCAGUAGAAGCAAAAGUUGUAUUUUGGUAACGUUUUCUAAUAGCCCAGCAAUUGAUUUAUCAGCAUAAACUUUAGUGUACAGUUCAUUUUGUAAGUAAAACAUAUUUGUACUUAAAUUUAAUGUUGAGUUAGUGAUACAGUGAUGAUGUUAUGUUGUUGUUGAUGAAACUUGAAUUACGGUAUAUAUUAGGUAUUUUUUUGCUGAAGUGGUGCUGAAUUAUGUUGCUGUAUAUAUAGUUGAACCAUAGUUAAUAUACUGUAGCCGCUCUCAGCACCUCUUAGCAGUUAACAACUGUGAAACUUGAGUAACUUUAGACACUCUUAAGUGUUUAAAUAAAUCUUUCAGUUUAAAUCAGAAUGAACAGUGAGGAUGUCAAGAUGUAUCCCUAAAGUAUUUUAGUCAUGCAUUACAAUGUAAGAGUAGCUGUUGGUGGCAAAAAAAAAAAAGGCAUAAGCAUUCAUAUGCCUACCACAAAAGUCCUGCUCAUUAACUAAUUUGCAUAAGAAACAAAUAGGUUAUUGCAACUGUAUUUUUUACUUGGUAAUCAUGGUAAACUACUUAAUAAUAAUAUGUAGUAGCUGAUGUAUGGCAUUUGCAAGAAUUGUAACCAUAAAAUAGGGCAUUGUUUUCUUGCUUGUUGCCGUGACAUUAGGAAGCCUUGAAAACUGAACUAUAAGUAAGUAUUUUGUGUCCUGAAACUGUGUAUUCUAUACAGUAUUAAGACAUCCUCCAAUUCAUGGAUUAUUUUCAAACUUAUGUUGCAGUAACAGGUAACUUAAAAGAUAUUUUCUAUGAUUACUUUGUGUUGUCUGUGAUCCAAUGAAGUGUAAGCUAAGAUUUUUUAGGAGUGUUUUUUGUUAAUGAUAAAGAUGAAAAUUAGCAGUUGUGAUAAGGAUAAGGUUUAUGGUGCAAGGAAUUUUAUUCUUAAUGUGAAAAAGACAGUCUCUCUUUCCUACUCACAACUUUUGUAAAUAUAUAUUAUUUUGAAUAAAUGGUGCACCAGAUUAGUUUCUAAUUUACUAUAUAUAAGAGACCUCUUGGAAAGUCUUGCUGUCAAAAUGAUUUGGCAGAGAGCAUAAUAGCAGAGAUGUCUUUUAAUCCUAUUGUUAGUCAUACCUAGUAAGGUGUGAACCAACUUGGCAAGAAUAAAACUUGGAAUUUCUGGUAGUCAUAGCAUUAUCAUUAUUAUUAUUAUAUACUAAGGCUCUUCUGUACUCAUGCAGCAGAAUAAUAUUGAAAUAAUAAUUUCUGGUGCUCACAUAAAAAAAAUUGCCACCAAUGAUCUCAUACAGGUGACUACCAUAAAAAAUUAUUUUCAUAUCACUCAUUAAGAGCAGUUUCUUGCUGCUGUGCAUGAUUCACAACUCAAAUACCUUAUCUACUAAAGAUUCUGAUUAUCUGUCUUGUUCUGAUCCAUCCUUGUUCAUAUGCAUACUGUAUCCUGAAUAUGAUACAGAUCAGUAUAUAUUAUCUUUAAAGAUUUAUGUAUAUUUUUAUAAUCCAAAUAGUGUAAGUCUAUUGAUAAUGAUAUAUAUUGUGUGUGAGGCCAAGAACUUUUACAGUUAUCACAAAUGUACAUACAAGAUGAAGUGUAAUGUAAAAAAAAAUUAUAUUUUUUUCUCCAUUAUUUUCCUCUUGAGAUUUUCUAUUUUACAAGGAUCAUAUGAUGAGUAAGCCUUGUGACUGAAUCUUCUCUCAUGAAUUAUAUAAUAGAUUGACUAUUUAUGAUUGACAUUGCAAGAAUUCAUUGUCCAAGCCUUUAAUUUGAGUCCAUGUUUACACUCUUUAUCAUCCACAUUGUAUUUGCUCAAUGUCUUGAUGUAUCUGGUAUUGUUACAAAUAAAGUUCUAAUACAGUAAA